GCUCCAUACGACAUGAACAGAGUCUCAGGACUGAGGAAUCUCUCACAGGACUGUGAUGAACAGACAGAUGUCUGGAGUCACAGAAGAUGAUCAGAUGAAGAUUUAUAAAUGAACAGAAUAUCAACAUGUCCAGCCCUGACAGCACAGUGGAAAGAAGAAGUCCAAAGCUGGAUCGCCCCAACUUUUCAGAGGGUGUGAAGCUGAAUCUGGUUGUGUGUGGGAGUGACGGCACAUUAAAAUCCUCCAUAUCAGAGCAGAUCCUGCAGCAGACAGACAGAAGAUCAGACGUGGAUCUUCAUGGACGUCAGAUCAGUCUGGUGGAUCUUCCAGCUCUGUUCAACACUCGUCUCUCAGAGGAGGAAGUGAUGCAUCAGACUCUCCGCUGUGUGUCUCUCUGUCAUCCUGGAGUUCAUGUUUUCCUCCUCAUUAUUCCUGAUGCUCCACUCAAUAAUGAAGACAAAGCAGAAAUGGAGGAGAUCCAGAGGAUCUUCAGCUCCAGAAUCAACAAACACAUGAUGAUCCUCAUAAUGCAGAAUUCAGAGCAUCAGACAGCAGAACUGAAUGAAGAAACACAGUCUGUCAUUGAGAGAUUUGGAGGACGACAUCAUUUCUUUAGUCCCAACACACAAGUGUCCACAUUGAUGGAGAACAUUGAGAAGAUGGUGGAAGAAAACGGAGGAGAGCUUUACUCCACAGAGAUAUUUCUGGAGGUGCAGAUGGAAAAACUGAUGAUAUAUGAAGAGAUGAAGAAGAAAAUUGACUCACUAGAGACACAUUUACUGUCACAAGGUUCAAGAGAAAACACAGAUGAACUGAGGAUUGUACUGCUGGGAAAAACUGGAGUUGGGAAGAGUGCAACAGGAAACACAAUCUUAGGAAGAGACGCGUUUAAGGCAGAAACAUCUCAAGAGUCAGUAACUAAAGAGAGUCAGAGAGAAUCAUCUGAAAUCAACGGCCGACACGUUACUGUGAUCGACACUCCAGGACUGUUUGAUACUGAAUUGAGUAAUGAAGAGAUCCAGAGAGAAAUCAGACACUGCAUCUCCAUGAUCCUGCCUGGACCUCAUGUGUUCAUCAUUGUGCUCAAUUUAGGACAACGAUUCACUAAACAUGAGGAAACAUCAGUGAAGAUCAUCCAAGAGAUGUUUGGUGAGAAAUCAUUAAUGUUCACCAUGGUGCUCUUCACCAGAGGAGACGAUCUGAAGAACAAAACUAUUGAACAGUGUUUGGGAAAACCUGGAUCUCCUUUGAUGAAGCUGAUUGAAGCGUGUGGAAACAGAUUCCAUGUGUUCUAUAAUAAUCAGACUGGAGACCGAACACAGGUGUCUGAUCUACUGGAGAAGAUAGACAACAUGGUGGAAGAAAACGGAGGGAGUUUCUACUCAUGUAAGAUGUUCAGACAGAUGGAAAGAGAAAGACAAGAACAACAGAUGAAGAUCCUGAUGGACAGAGUCAGAGAAAGAGAAGAACUGAUGAAGAAACUGGAAGAAGAAAUGAACAAAGAACGAGAGAUAUUUAAAAAUAAAAUAGAGCAACUGAAGAAAGAAAAAGAAAAACUGCUGAUGAAAUACGACACGGAAAUAGGCAGACUGAUGAACAAAAUCGAGAAUGAAAGACAGAUUCAUGAAAAAGAGAGAAAGAGAAGAGAAGAUGAAUAUACAGAAAGAGAAGAACGAUAUAAUAUACAGAUGAGAAGAGAACAAGAGGAAUGGGAGCAACAGAAACUGGAGGAAAAGAUAAGAAGAGAAGAAGAGAAGAAAAGGACAGAGAGAGAAAAACAGAUUUCUGAUGAACAGAUUCCAAGACUAAAGAGUGAAAUGGAGGGAAUAAUCAGAGAGAAAGCGAGAACAGAAAGAGAGAGACAAGAACAACUAGAGGAUUUAGAGAAGAGACUGAAAGAAGAAAGAAACAUGAGAGAAGAUCAACAAAAUACUUCUGAAGAGAAACAGAAACUCCUUGAAGAACAGAUUGAAGAAGAACUGAAGAGAAGACGAGUGGAGUGGAGAGAGGAAUAUGAACGAGAGAAAGAGAAGAUGAUGAGGAAGAUCUGCUCUGAAACUGAUCAGUCACUACAGGUCGCAGCCUACAGGAAACUGAAGAAUGAAUACAGGAAGUGGUCCUGGAGUCUUUGCAGUGCCAUGAUGGAAACUGAGAACAAACUUCACAACAAAAUAGAAAAUAAAGCAAUUCAUGAGGUUGAGGAAACUGAUCUUCAAAGAGAACUGAAGAAGACAAGUGAAGAAGUGGAAAAAUCAAUGUCUGAAUUCUUUGAGAAAGACAUUGAUAAAUAUAUACUGAUUCAGUGGAAAACAUCAUUUGAAAUCAAAAUCAAAGAGCUUCAGGAAAACAUUGUGAGAGAAACAAAGAGGAAAUUAAAUGAGGUUCUUCAGCAGCGAGACCUGAAGAAAGAGGUUGAUGCUCAGAGGACACAUUAUGAAAACACUCUCUAUGAAAAGAGCAGAGAACUCGCCUUAAAACUCAAAGACAAAACAAAUGAUGAAGAAACACUGAAGAAAGAGUUUGAUUUGUUCUGGGAACAGAGUGUGAAGAAGAUCAUCAGAGACACUCCUCUAAUCAGAGAUAUUGAUGUAAUGAGAGAUGUGAGAGAAAUCCUCAGUGACGACUAUAGAAGUGUGUCUGUAGAUCACUGGAGGGAUAUUUUCGCUGUAUCAAAUUAUUCAGAUUAUGUGAAAUUAAAGGGAUUAAGAGGAAUUAAUGCAUAUUUAUCAAAUGCCAUCAGAUCAGUGAAAGAUCUGUCUCCAGAGGAUGAAGCUCAAAUCAGAUCAUUAGUCACAGAUGCUGUUCAGCAGACAAACAGAAUGAUUAAGUUAUUUAACAUUUCAAAGAUGGGCUACAACAUCAGCUGCAUUCAACAACUCAUAGAUUACAUCAAGAGGAGAGUAACAGAACAUCAGGAAGAACAAGUGAAAUAUGUGUUCAAGAAUGAAUUCUUCAUGGAUUUGGUUCUUUCUAUCUGUGAGAGAUCAAACAAGAUGAUCACUGACCAACACAGACUGUUCAGAGAAGCCAAUGAUCCUGUAAUACAUGUUGAGAAGAAGAGAGAAGAGUACUAUAGUAUUUUCCAGAAAUACUGUCAUGGAGCAACAUCAGCUGCCAUGUUUGGUGAGAUCAUCUGUCAGAAACUGAAAGAGUCCAUUGAGCAGAGUGUCUACAAGAAGACUGCCAGAGAUCUGACAGAUGAAAUGAGAUCAAACUGUGAAUCACUGAAUGGAAACAGAUCAAAUCUGGAGAAACACAUCCUGAAGACACUGGCAGAAGAGGAGGAUUUUAUCAAAUACAUGAACUACAUUCAUAAACCCAGAGAUCAGUUCAAGAGUUUCAUCAGAGAUGAAGUCAGUCGGUACAUCUCUGAUAAGUUCAGUGUCAGUGUUUUACCCAAGAUGAAGAAGAACAUUGAACUCCUGCAGCAGAAGAUCAUGAAAGCAGCACAUGAAUCUACUGAACAUGUUCAAGAGAACAGAAGAGAUGUUGGUUUGUGGUUGAAGAGUUUCACACAGCAGAUCUCAGAUGAGCUGAUCUUCUCUGAAAAAGACCUCAGUGGAGUGAAUCAUGAUGAUGUUGAUGUGAAACUCCUAGAAGAUGUGAUGAGAAAAGAGCUUCCUGCUAUAAUGUCUGAGAUCAGCAGUAGAUUCAACACAAAGACAUUUCCAUCCAAUCUGGACCUCAAGUUCAGACCAGAUGAGCUUCUGAUUGAUCUCUUCUGUCAGUGCUGUUGGGUUCGGUGUCCGUUCUGUAAAGCCAUCUGCACCAACGAUAUAGAAAACCAUGAUGGAGAUCACAGUGUUGCUUUCCACAGAGUGAUAGGAAUUAAUGGCACAUAUUACAGUUCAACACAGAAUCUCUGUACUGGUAUGUGCACAAACUUAGUGGCAAGUCAUCAGUAUUUUAAUAUACCAGAUGGAAUUUUUAAAUAUAGAGAAUACAGAAGAGCAGGAGGAGUUUAUGCAGACUGGAGCAUCACUCCUGAUCUCUCUGAUCUGCCCUACUGGAAGUGGUUUGUGUGCAGAUUCCAGAAAGAUCUGGAAAAACACUAUGGUAAAACAUUUGAGGGUAAGAGUGAGAUUCUAGAUAUUUUUUUUGAGGGGGAUGGUGAGAUACCAGAUGAAUGGAGAAGAUACUCAAAACAGGAUGCUAUUGAGAGUUUGGAUCAAUACAUGUAAUGAGCAGAUGAAGAAUGAGACCCUUGCGUCUCCUCUCAGAUUCAGAUCACAGUCAGAAAUGAGUUUCUCUGACAUUCAUCAGUGAAUCUGAGCUCAUCUACACCUCAGAAGAUCAGAGCUUCAUCAAAUACACCAGAAGAGAGUUAAAGACAAGAUUCAGUUCCUCAUACAAGUGUCUGUCUGAUGAUCAAAACAACAUUUUUCUGAACAUAUGCCUCAUUGAUGAAGCUCAAAAUGCUUGAUAUUAUAGUUUAUUACUAAUCAAAACAGCUUAAUCUCUAUCAUGAACUGAAAAGGAUCUAUGAUAAGGAUAUUAAUGACAGACUGUUGAUGAAAUAUGAUUGAAGUGUGUGUUUGUUAAAGCUCAGUGCUGGAAUCAGACGAUGGAGGAAAGUGUGAGAAAUAAACAGAUGUGUGAAUCCAAUCUCUCAGACCUGUCAGUCUGAUUCAUAUUGAUUCAUAUUCAUAUGAUUCACUCGACACAAAAACUGUCAACAUCAUGAAUUUAUUGACCUUGUCAAGUGUCCUUUCACACUUGUUUAAUAUUUACUCGUAUUAUGUGAAACUUUGAUUUGACUUUAGGAAUUGAAAUGAUGAAACCUGAAGAUCUCUAUAGCAGAUUUUCCUUCUCUGACAGUAUCUCAGUCAUUGAUAAAAUUCAUCACUUAAACAUUG